UAUCCAACAUGGAUCAGUAGUGAACUUCAGUUAUCAGAGCAAGGAAAUAUAAGGAAAACGUAACAUAUUUUAAGCAACUAGGCACAGUUCCAACAAGUUCUCUUGAAAAGGUUGCCUUAAAACACCAGUGCUCUUUUUUAGUGACCUCGAUUUUGAGGAUAUUUACUUUGUAAUUAUUUGGCACUUUCCCGGAUAUACAACAGCUACAAGAUGCUUAGUGGGACCGUAGGAUCAGCAGGGGGGUCGGGCAGGUCCCCCUCUAAGGGAGGCAAGAAGGUCUCUUUGCCCCCUAACCAACAGGGCGACAAGCUCGGUGGCCCUACGAUGAUCGAGCUCGAGGAAUUGGUGGGAGGGACAGCUGAAAAGCGCAACUGGCGCGGCAUCAUCAUAUCUCUCCUGGUCAUUCUCCUCAUCUGCGCGUUGAUCGUAGUGGCUAUCAUCAUUGCAAGCCCGGGUACAGAACUCAAAAUAUAUACAAGGUAUACAUUUGAGGAUAUUUUCGACCCUCAGUAUCAGCCAUCGUACUUCGAUGCCGUGUGGCUGACAGAGGAUGAAUAUGUCCUGCGGAAUUCCACCAACAAUAUUGUGGCUGUUGAUAUCGCUGCCAAUGAAUCGACGCUGCUCAUUAGCAAUAGGACAAUGGAUGAUGAAGCGAUCGUAAGAGUAUGGGUACAUCCAAACAAAGAAUAUAUCCUGCUCUCGUCAGAUGAGAAACCGAUCUUCCGUUCUAGCUUUGAAGCAGUCUACAAGAUCUAUGAUGUCGCAAAGAAAUCUGUGAUCAAGACAUUACUUCCACCGAAUGUGACUGACGGAGCAGUAGUCCCUCUCAGAUAUGCAGCUUGGGUUCCUAAUAGUGCUGGACUGGUAUUUGUUUACAAGAACAACCUGUACUACCAGAAUGCAGUCAACAACGAUCCAGUUGCCGUUACCACCGAUGGAGUGGAAGAGGAAAUAUUUAACGGUGUGCCAGAUUGGGUAUAUGAAGAGGAGAUCCUGGGUGUUGAUAGCGCCAUGUACUGGAACAAAGAUGGAUCAAGAUUAGUCUUUGGUCAGUUCAACGAUUCACUGGUCCCUAAAUCAUGGUAUCCCUGCUAUGAGAACAAGGUUUACAGUGAGCUUAAAUUCAUCAACUACCCCAAGCCUGGCUUCCCCAAUCCUACCAUCAAGCUGUAUGUCAUGUCAGUUGAGGAUGUUCCAAACCUGGUCCGACUCCAGCCUCCUCAACAGUUCCAGGACCAGGAAUACUACUACAGAAGUGUGGUGUGGAAGGAUAGCUACCAAGUAGCCGUCACGUGGUGGAACAGACCGCAGAAUGUUUCCGUGACAACCAUCUGCCAGGUGGACACUGGGAUAUGUGACCUCAACUACGAGCAGGAAACGCCCAAUGGCUGGAUAGUACAGAGAGGAGAUAUUAUUUUUGCGGAAGAUGGUCUUUCAUAUUUCACUAUCCUACCAGAGAAGGAGGGGCCUAAAGGAAGCUUCUAUCACAUAGCUCGAGUUACUGCAGAGAGUGGCCAGCAGGGUCUGGUGACCUUCUUGACGCGAGGGAUCUGGGAGGUAACAGAGAUCGUAGGCUUCAAUCACGAGAGGAGUCUACUCUUCUACCUGAGUACCGAGCAUGGAGCUAUCAACAGAACACUGUACAGUCUAAACUUUGAGACGAAGGAGAAGACUUGCAUCACAUGUGAUAUGGUGGAAGGCUGCUCGUACUACAGCGCAAACUUCAACGAUAAGUCCACGCGAUACAUCCUCCAGUGUCACGGCCCCGACGUACCUCAGACCUUCCUCAAUUCCAUCGACUCGGUCAACUAUACAGUCUUAGUAGAUAAUUCCGGUGUUAAGGAAGCACUGGCUGAGAAGGAUUACGUGGUAAAGACAUUCCACACUGUGAAGUCCGCGGAUGGUAAUUAUGACAUCCAGAUUGAGCUUCUCAUACCCCGGGCGCUUGAUAUCGCACGCAGGCAUCCAUUACUGGUCGACGUCUAUGGAGGACCUGGCUCUCAACAGGUGGACACCAAAUACCACCAGGGGUGGUACUCAUAUCUGAGCAGCAAGCAUCAUGUGAUCAUCGCUCGUAUCGACGGGCGUGGAUCGGGAUACAAGGGUCAGAAAAUGCUUUAUGAGAUCAACAAGAGAUUGGGAACGGUGGAGAUUGAAGAUCAAAUCACAGCAACAGAAUAUUUAUUGGAUAAUUUCCGCUACUUAGACUGGAACAAGACAGCAAUUUGGGGAUGGUCUUACGGAGGUUUUGCUGCCACAUUAGCUGCUACACAUGGUAUAUACAAUUGUACAAUGGCUGUGGCCCCUGUCACUGACUGGAGGUUUUAUGAUUCUGUAUACACGGAGAGGUAUAUGGGGUUACCAAAAGCAACAGAUAACUUGCAAGCGUACAAGAAUUCCAACAUAUCUGCUGUUGCAUCAGGGCUUCACAAGACAAAAUACCUCCUCGUACAUGGAUUAGCAGAUGAUAACGUCCAUUUCCAAAAUUCAGCCAAUUUGGUGAAAGCUUUAGUACAGGAGGGCGUAUCACAUCAAGUACAGUAUUAUACAGACCAGAACCACGCCUUAGCAGACCCCAUGGUGCAACAAGAUCUCUACCACAUACUCACAGACUUCUUAGUCCACUCGUUUGGUCUGAACUGCUGACCUUGGACCUUUGACCCCUCACCCGUAGAACAGUGACCUUUCCCCUCUGACCCUUCACCUACAGUACAGUGACCUUCAUCUCCAGAUGUGUCAUUUGUCAGUACCCUCCCACCCUCCCUCCCUCCCUUUCCCUAGACCAUUUUAUAUAAAAUGACAAAAACUUUUUUUCUACCCCCCCCUUUUUUUUUUUAUAGAAACACUCCAAAAUUGAGAUUUCCACAAUUCCACAAUCAUAAUCCUUAAGGCCAUGACUAGUAGCUACCAUAAGCUUUAUUACUGAUAUGUUUGCUAUGAUUCUUUUUUCUUUUUGUUUGCAAUCUAGUUUACGAUGCAAUAUUAGCUUCUUCAUAUUAAAUAAAAUUGUGCCUAAGAACUUGCAGUCAAAUUUGGAGUAGUUAUAACUUGGCCGAUGUCAAGACCUGUUCAGUUCAUGUCUUGCCUAUCUAGGAUAUUUCAGUUUAUUUUGCAGUUUUUUUUUUUCAAGGUCAGUUUUAAUUACAAAUUAUGAGCUUGCUCUACUUUUUAAGUAAUUUAAUUUAUAAAAAAUUGAUUUGCAACAAAGUUGAUUCUAUGAAAUGAUGUGGUCAAGCUUCCAUUACUAUUUUAAAGGGAUUGUUACAAUGACUUUCAAUGAAUGAAAGUAUC